AAUAUGAUGACAUCAAUGAUGAUUUCUAGUCUUCAACAAAUAUCUCACUUGGAGUCAACCAUUGCUGGUAUUCCAGGCACUUUGAGUGCACUCGAAUCUGAGAUUAAGUUAAAGGCUCAAGAAUUUAAACAGUUAUCCAAUAUACGUCAAAUGCCUCUUGCCUAUGCCAUGACACUAAUCGAGAUUUUGAGACGAAGCGAAUAUACUAAAUUAUUUCUCUCUAAAGCCCAGCAAUUAGCAGAGGCUAUGGCCAAUUUCCGAAAUUUAGAGCAAAAAAGACGUGAUAAUUACCGCUUGGAUGUUAAAAGUUACAUUCCCUUAAAUAUUUCAGCUUUAGAUGAUAAUCCACCAAUGUGUGAGGUUUCUACUUUGAAUAUUAAGGACGAUCGGCUACCAUCCUUUUCAAAAGCCGAUAUUAAAACCUUUUUUGACCUGCUUGAAAAGAUUCGUCCUAUAAUUUUAUCUCAAGCAUCAUUAUUUAAAUCACAAAUUGUUGCUUCCUCUUCCUUAUUCAAAACCCGGGAUCAACAGACAAUUCAACAAACUGUUAUUGAUAUUUUAUCGACCUUACAUUCAAAAUCGGUCAAAUCAUACAGCCAAAUAGAAAAGAUGGAUUUAGAAUUCGAUAAAAUCGUAGAAAAGAGUUUUCACUUUGAACGAUCUGAUUUUGAUAAAAAUAAUACAUUGUCACGUCGGUCACUUGCACCACCAUCACCACAAAUGGGUCGGCGGUCCUCUCGCUCAUCACGCCAAAGUUUCUCAGAGGAUAGUGGUUCGACACUUGGCAAUACUACUGAUCGUUUACUACUUGAAACGCUUAAAGAAUUAGAUAGAUCAAAAGAAACGACCAAGAAAUAUGAGGCCAGGAUAAAAAAACUAGAAGACUUAUUGCAUACUAAUUAUCAAGCCUCGAAAAAUUCUACAAUGCUUUCUAACACGCGUAAAAUAGAUUCAAAGUUUUCUGUUUCAGCUGUUGAGCAGGAAUUAGAAAAGAAUUCGCUUCAAGAAAAAUAUAACGAGCUCCAAAAUCAAUAUAAUCUAUCAUCAACACGAUGCAAUGAGUUGGAGACAAAGGUUACUGAGCUUGAGAAAGUUAAUCAAGCGCAUGAAAAUUAUAUAGUAGAAACAAAUAAUGAAAAAAGUAAUCAAUUGGAAGAAUUUCAGAAUCGUGUUAAUGAAUUAAAUCAAACAUUACUUAGUGAAAAAUCUGAAAAAAAAAUGCUUAGUGACAAGUAUGAUGAUAGGAUUCAAGAGUUAGAAUCACUUUUGCGUGAAUCUAAUAGGAAAAACGCCGACUUAGAGAAGGAAUUAGAAGUGUUGAAAACUGAUAAUGAACAUGUCAAAAAAGAAAAGGAUGCUGCUGAAGCAGAAACUUUUACGUUGGAUUCUAAGAUUAAUAGUAUUUUAGCAGAAAAUAAUAAAUUGAAAGGUCUAUUGGAAGACAGUCAGAAACAGAAUGAAGAGAGAGAGAAAUUGCACAAGCAAGAACUUGAUCAACUUCAGAAACAAUCAGAUGAAAAACUCCAAGAAAUUGAAGGCUGGAAACAAAACCUAGAAAUGAUGAAUUCUGCUCGAGAAGAUUUGGAACAAGAUCUCGCCAAGUCACGAGAAAAAAUUAAAUCUAUAGAACAGGAUUAUAACGAACGCACGAAAACUUUUGCUACGACUGAGAAAUUAAUAAAAGACAUCUCCGAAACAAUUAAUGAAUAUAUGUUUAUUGUCACAUCGAAUGAAUCUUCUAAUUCAGAGCAGAGUUUUAUUAUUCGUAAACACCUUUUUGCUGAAUAUUCUAUUCUGCUGGCUGAAAAGACGAUAUCAAAUGAUAAUCUUGAUCCUAUAAUCAUGAUACGAAAGAUGGGAAACGCUGCAAAAUAUCUGGAUCAAAAGUUGUGUGAAACAAGUCAAUCAUUAGAUGCAUCAACGAAUUUGAAAACGGAACUGGAAAAUUCACUAACUGAAUUGCGUCGAGAGUUGCAAGAAAGAACGGAAUUUUCUAAGGGGUUAAGUAAAUCUUUGUGGGAAUAUUACAGUAGCCUUCGGACAUUAAUGAAAACUAUGGAAUUAAAAAUACCAACGUUGGCUGAUAAUUAUGUAAUGAGUGUAACAUCUAUAUCACAGAAUGUUGAUGACAAUAAAACAGGAUUGUCAGAUAGUUGUUAUACAGAAGAUUUAAGCAAAUUUUUCCUUAACGAUAAUUCUGAUGAACAAAGUUUUUGGCCAAAAGAGAAAUAUGAAACUUUACUUUCGUUGACGAUGAAAGUAAAAUUAGAUGAGGUACGAGACCUAAUAGUGCGAGCGCUUAAAGAUGCUGAAAGUUUGAGAAAUCGAUUUCAAGAGGAAUCUAAAUCAUGUAGAGCUAGAGAAGAAUCGAAAGACAAGAUUGUAUUUCAAAAUUUCAAGAACAAGGACGUUGUACUUUUCUUUCCUUGUAACCCAUCGCCUAAAAAAACAUAUAUGGCCUUCAACCAUAAUUGUCCUUAUUACUAUUUAAGCGAUACCGAAACAAUUAAGAACAAAGAUUAUAUUAUGGGUCGAAUUAUAAAAAUUUCUAAUCAUAUCGCGGAAGCAGAAAAUAAUCCUUUUGAAUUGCAAAUUGGCGUCAAGUAUUACACAGUAGAUAUCGACGAAAAUUGGCAGAAUGUGACCAAUAGUUUUCAUAGUAGACGUUAUUCAGUAAAUACAACAGAUACUAUAACUCGUUCUCCUCGCUCUCACAAAAGUCAUAGCCUUCCUUCGCGCUCAUUAUCAUCAUCGGUCAUUAUGUCUAACGAC